AUGUCUCAAGUCGAGUAUUGGCGACAAGUAUGCACAAAUGCCUUCAAUGGCGAUCCUAGAGCAGAACAAAUUGUCAUGUCCGUCGAGAAAUUAAAUCAAACAACUACUGACACCAUAAUAAUCACACCUGCAAAGCAGCAACCAGGGCAACCUCCCAGAGGCCUAACAGUAGAUACCCUCGAGAAUCUUGGAUUUAAGCUUACUCCAUCCAGCACACCACCAACAUACCAGCUACCUACAAUACUACUUAAAGCAAUGGCACAAACAAAACGUGAAGCACGCGAACAAUGGCAUAUCGAUCGUCAAAUAGCCCUCUCUCGCCACCUGGAUGAAUCUCUUCAACACAUCACAGUUCCUCAUGUGACAGGUACACAACGUUUGGCUCUUUUACAAGAGUUCUCCAGGACACACGAUACAAACCUUGGCUCGGUUCCAUUUUUAAGGGCAUUCAUUGGGUUCCUGGAAUAUCAGCUCAAACACCCUAAAAACCUUGCAGAGUGGCAAUUGAGCGAAUAUGCUCUGACACAGAAUGGAGAGGAUUGUAUGAUGGACUACAUUCGCAUUCUACGUGUAUUUGGAAUGCAACUUGUAUACCGCGAUCAAAUGCCUGAACAAGCUGUAGCAAUAACAAUAGAGGAUCCAUUCAUCACUUGGCGGAUGAACGACCAAUUGUCAAAUCGAGACAUUCAGGACAUGUUAAAAUUAUUACCUAAACAUACUGGAGCAAAAGACCAGUACCAGGUGUCUGGUUUGCCCCGCUUAAGCUUUAUCGAGAAGCCACAGAGUCUAUUAGGCUGGAUCAAAUAUAUGAUCUUCACUUGUUUCUCAUUUUUACCUUUUCAUUAA